AUAAGAUAUUCAAAUAAAUUAAAUGAUUUUUCGUCGAAUGACUAUUCAUCUAUUGUAUUUUCAUGCAAAUAUGGAGCAAGAAAACUCUAUGAAAAGAUGGUGGUUCAAUUCGAUGUUAUUUAAGAAGGAGUUCGAACACAGAUGUAGGCUAAGUAAAUCAAUGGGCAGUCUUGGUCCUAUUGAAAAUGCCAGUGAAAGUAAAGAUCCGAAUAGAAAUGAUACGGAUAAAAACAUUCAGGGUUGGGGUGGUCAUGACAAUUACAGUAAUGUUGAUCUUUUUUUUGGCGUCAAGGACAUUCGGAAUUUUUUCUCUGAUGAUACUUUUUUAGUGAAAGAUAGUAAUGGGGACAGUUAUUCUAUAUAUUUUGAUAUUGAAAAUCAUAUUUUUGAGAUUGCCAAUGAUCAUCCUUUUUGUAGUGAACUAGAAAGUUCUUUUUAUCGGAAUUCUAGUGAUCUGAAUAAUGGAUCUAAGAGUAAGAAUCCCGACCACGAUCGUUACAUGGAUGAUACUCAGUAUACUUGGAAUAAUCACAUUAAUAGUUGCAUUGACAGUUAUCUUCAGUACCAAAUCUGUAUUGAUAAUUACAUUGUAAGUGGUAAUGACAAUUCCAGUAACAAUAAUUCCAGUAACGAGAAUUCCAGUAACGAGAAUUCCAGUAACGAUUACAUUUCUAGUUCCAUUUCUAGUCAAAGUGAAAAUAGUAGUCAAAACGAGGAUAUCACAACGAGUGAUCAAACUAUACCAGAAAGUUCUACUCAUAUGGGUGUAACUCAACAAUACCGGCAUUUGUGGGUUCAAUGCGAAAAUUGUUAUGGAUUAAAUUAUAAGAAAUUUUUUAAAUCAAAGAUGCAUCUUUGUGAACAAUGUGGAUAUCAUUUGAAAAUGAGUAGUUCAGAUAGAAUCGAACUUUUGAUCGAUCCGGGCACUUGGGAGCCUAUGGAUGAAGACAUGGUCUCUCUGGAUCCCAUCGAAUUUCAUUCGGAGGAGGAGCCUUAUAAAAAUCGUAUCGAUUCUUAUCAAAGAAAUAAAGGAUUAACCGAGGUUGUUCAAACAGGCAGAGGGCAACUAAACGGUAUUACCGUAGCAAUUGGGGUUAUGGAUUUUCAGUUUAUGGGAGGUAGUAUGGGAUCCGUAGUCGGGGAGAAAAUUACCCGUUUGAUUGAAUACGCUACUAAAGAAUUUCUACCUCUUAUUAUAGUGUGUGCUUCCGGAGGGGCACGCAUGCAAGAAGGAAGUGUGAGCUUGAUGCAAAUGGCUAAAAUAUCUUCUGCUUUAUAUGAUUAUCAAUCAAAUAAAAAGUUAUUCUAUGUACCAAUUCAAUGUUUGUUCAAUUACUCUUUUACCCGCAAAGGCAAUGUAGGCAUUGGGUUCGGCAAUAAUGAUAUCCCCCAACAUACCAAAACUAGCUGUCACCCCACCGGUAGACUAUAA